AUGGCACCCCCCAUCGAAAUCUCCAUCCCCACCACGUCCAUCUCCACCCCCCCAAACGGCAAACCCUUCACCCUCUACAACAUCACCCUCCGCCUCCCCUUGCGCUCCCUCAUCGUCCAAAAGCGCUACUCGGAAUUCGAAGCCCUCCACAAGAACCUCCACUCCCUCGUCGGCGCUUACCCCCCCGAGCCACUCCCCGAAAAGUCUUGGUGGCGCACCUCGACGGCGAACUCCCCUGAACGCACAGAAGAGAGGCGAGCGGGGUUGGAGAAGUAUCUUCGUGCCAUUGCCGAACCGCCAGAUAGACGGUGGAGGGAUACUCCCGUCUGGAGGGCCUUUCUGGGACUUCCUGCGGGAAGCAGCACGCAGAGUGGGAUUAGUCUCGAGGGACGCAUCCCUGCUAUUGGGUUGAGGGAGGCGAAUUUGGCUGCUGCUAGCGACCCGGGGACGUGGCUGGAUUUACAUCGGGAAUUGAAGACUUCUCUUCACGAGGCGAGGGUUGCUUUGGGACGGAGGGAUGGGGCGACGGAGAAUAGUGCUAGGGUUGAGGCGGGGAGUGCGGCGAAGCGGGCGUUGAUUAAGGCGGGGAAUCUGAUUGGGAGUUUGAGUGAUGGGUUGAGGGUUAUGAAGGAGGAUGGGGGGAAGCUGGGGGAGGGGGAGUUGAGACGGAGACGGGAUUUUGGGGUUGCGAGUGCGAGUGAGAGGGCUGCGCUUAUGGGAAAUAAUGAUGGGGGGCCGAGCAGUAUUGGGAUUGUGAGGACGUCGACUGGACGGCGGGUGUUGGGUGCGCCGCUGCCGGAGACGGAGAGGACGAGGGAGCUGGAUAAUGAGGGAGUACUUCAGCUACAGAGGGACACUAUGCAGGAACAAGACCAGGAGGUGGAGGCGCUGGCAAAAAUUAUCAGACGGCAAAAGGAGAUGGGGCUGGCGAUCAACGACGAGGUUAACCGCCAUAUUGACAUGCUGGACCGUCUGAAUGACGACGUGGACGUUGUGGGCAGGAAGCUGGGCGUGGCAAAGGAUAGGGUCAAGAGACUGUGA